UUCCGCGAAAGACUUUCGCAAUCGCCUCGCACCGUCACGGAAGCGACCGCUCGGAUUGAGACCGAGAGAGCGCGAUGUACCUGAAGAAACCUCUAUGGAGCGACGCACUGAAGCAGAGCAACCCCAGCCCCAGCCCCGUCGCCGGCGACGGCGCCGACGCCGACGCCGACGCCCCCACUGAAUCCGACCGGGACUCGCCGCUCGCGGUGGUGGAGGAGCUCGUUGGCUCGCUCACGAAGCAGCGGGUGUACCGGGAAGUCACCCUCGCCCUCCGGACCGGCCUCCGGGACGCCCGCGCCGAGUUCUCCUUCCUCCGCGUGCGCGGCCUCCGCGGCCUCCUGAAGUUCCUCCGAUCCGUCUCCGAGUCCGAUACCGCCAUCGAGCUGUUCGCUCUCAGCCAGUCCGUGCGCGAGCUCCAAGUGAUUCCAGUCUUGUUUCAACAUUCAUUAAAAGAUGCAGAGGAAGGCAAUGUGGCGAGUUUGGAUCAUAUUUUCGACGUUGAGCCUCUGAAGAUAACUAGCCCGUCGACAGAUACUGAAGUUGCGCUGGCGCUUCGAGUUUUAGAAGGUUGCUGUCUUCUUCACAGCGAGAGCACCAUCUUGGCGCAUCAGCACAAGGCUAUUCCUGUCAUGAUGAACAUACUUUCCACUCGGGGAGUGCUGGAGCAAGGUGCUUGCUUGGAUGCUCUGAUUUCUAUCAUGUUGGAUUCGUCAGCCAAUCAGCUGGACUUUGAGUCAUGCCAUGGAAUUGAGGAAGUUGCAGAGCUCAUAAGGGACAAACAAAUCGACGAGAACCUCAGGUUGAAGUGUGGGGAAUUCUUGCUGCUGCUCAUUGGGCAUGUAAACGGGAGGGACAAGUCUCCAAUGGCAACUGUUCACGAAGAUAUAAGGCAGCUUCUGGGGGAGAAAUCUGCAUCCUUGAUAUGGGCAGCUAGUCAAUUUGGCUCAACUCUUGAUCCGGAACAGAGAUUGACAGCUCUGCACAUUCAAGCUCGUCGGGUUCUUGAAUCAAUCGGCAUGUACUGAGCCAUGGUCCUUGGGGGUACAAAAAUCAGCCCCCUUUUUGCACACUUGUUACUAGAAAGAUGCUAGUUACGGAUAUGAACCUUUUCGACCAUAAGUAAUUUCUAUACAAAUUGACAUGGUGCAGUUGCUCGUCAUGAGACUUGACAAUCAUAGACAAAUUCCAAAACCCUUUUUCAUGUGUACUGAUAAA